AUGGAGAAGGCGGCCGCAGCAGGGUCAGCGUCCGGCUUGGUCACCCGGGUCCUCGUCAGCCCCUUGGAUGUCAUCAAGAUCCGCUUUCAGCUUCAGAUCGAGCAGCUCUCCUCCAGAAAGCCAGGGGCUAAGUAUCAUGGCAUCCUGCAAGCUGUACAGCGCAUCUUCCAGGAAGAGGGAUUGGUAGCCUUCUGGAAGGGCCAUGUUCCUGCUCAGUUCCUUUCAGUUGGCUACGGAGCUGUUCAGUUUAUGGCGUUUGAAAGCUUGACAAAACUGGUGCACAACGUCACCUCAUACAACGCCCGCGAUUCCUUUGUGCACUUCGUCUGCGCGUCCCCCCCAGCCACUGUUGCAGUUCAGCCUGUUGACACACUACGUACCCGCUUUGCUGCUCAGGGUGAGCCUAAGGUCUAUCACAACCUUCGCCAUGCGGUGGUGACGAUGUACCAGACAGAAGGGCCUUGGACUUUCUACAGAGGCUUGACCCCCACAAUCAUUGCUGUCUUUCCAUACGCUGGUCUCCAGUUCUCCUUCUACAACAUCCUGCAACAGUUUUCUGAAUGGGUGAUUCCAGCCGAAGGAAAGAAAGGAGGGAAUGUUAAAAACCUUGUUUGUGGCAGCUGCGCUGGAAUCAUCAGCAAAACCCUCACUUACCCUUUUGACCUGUUCAAAAAACGACUGCAAGUGGGUGGCUUUGAGCAUGCCCGGGCAGCCUUUGGGCAGGUACGGAUGUAUCGGGGUCUCCUGGACUGCAUAAGGCAGAUCGCACGAGAGGAGGGCCCAGGUGGAUUCUUCAAGGGCCUUUCACCCAGCUUGCUGAAGGCUGCUGUCUCUACCGGCCUCAUCUUCUUUUGGUACGAGUUGUUCUGCAGCCUGCUGUGUGCCCUGAGGAACACCGACAGCAUCACCAGGAAGGAAGGCUGA